AUGGACGCGCCUAGUACAAACUCUCUCGGCCUUCUGGGCAGCCUCUCGCCCGAGACGCAACCUCAUGACUCUGUUGCCAUGUCUCAAUCUCAUUCGAUGCCCGCAUUUGGCCUGCCGAUGUCUGGUAUGCCGCAGCCCUUCUACGGGGCGAGGCGUGGCUCGGUCAGCUCUGCUACUUCCUCAUCGUGCCUCAGUCUAGAGCAGGCUGGCGACCACUCAAGCGCAAAUGGCUCUUACUCGCCUCGCUCCUUUACGCCCCUCGAGUCUCCGAUGAACCUGCCCGGAACGCUGACGUCGCUGUCCGGUCUUGCGCUCGGUACUCCCGACACUUCUGGUCAUCCUGACCUGCCAUUGUACCCUGACCACCCUCAAAAUGCAUUCCAGCCCGAGCAACACAAUGCUCUACUAGCACUCUCGCACGGUCAAGACGAGCUGAGUCUUGAGAUGCCACCUCCUUCGCAGUUCAAGCGUCGAGCUGCUCAGUCGUUCGACGUCUCGAUGCUUUCCAGCCAUCAUACCGAUUCGCAUAUGGGUCAUCCUCAGAGGAUCAACGAGUCGGACGGCUCUGAAGAGACUACUCCAAUGCCCACGUCGACCGGCACCUUUUCGGGACAGCCUAUGAUCAACCUCAGCGAAGGGUUCCGCGCUGCUCAGCUGCCUUUCACGCCUCACUCAGUCAUGAGCCGUGCUUCUCUCGGCGCCGGUCCGUGUUCCUUCACUCCUGGUCACUCGUACUCUCCUGGCUCGACACCCGACCACUCGAUCCGAGGUGACUUUUCCAGUCCAAGCUCGCCUUUCUAUCCUCCUUCGGCCAUCGCCCUUCGAAGGCUUAUUAGCACUGACAGCGGUCACACUGACCCGUACGCGCCUCAUGAGAUGGGCACCGAGGGCAAGGACCACCCACCCUUGCUCAGCCUCUCCGGUCUCAACAGCGUAUCCAAGCAUGAGCCCAGCUUCCAAGCUAACCUCGCCUUCCGCGAUCACUUCCAAAGCCCUACUAGCUUCCCAUCUCACCGAACCAGCCUGCCCGACAUGUCGCCUGCUGGCAUGUCGUCGUCGGCCAUGGCAAGGGUAGCCUCGGCGCCGUCGUCGAGUGGAGUGCCACCGCUCUCGCGCUCUUCGACAUCGUCAGAGGCCUCGUCGUCGCUUGCCUCAUUUCCCUCUACACCUUCGUCUUCGAUUGGCUCGUUAGCCGAGGGUCGAAGGACGAGCUACUUGCAUCCCUCGACGCCUACCCACGACUUGUUCUCACCGGGCUUCGACCCUUACUACAGCGCCCCGCAGAUGUCAGGUCAUCGCAGCAACAGUAUGUUCUCGAUGAGUUCGCCUGUCAACGAUGGUCCGUUCACAUCAAUGCUCGAUGGUCGUAGCCGCAGCAUCUCGGGUUCGGUUACACGCACCACGGCCCGAGGCCGCGCUCGCAACGCUGGUCCACCUCCUCUCAUUGUCAGCUCGGCUGAUAAACACCACGUCUGCCACUGCGGUAAGCGCUUCAAGAGGAUGGAGCAUCUCAAGCGUCACAAUCGCACCCAUACCCAAGAACGUCCGCACAAGUGCCCGGUCGAGACGUGCGGCAAACACUUUGGUCGAUCCGACAAUCUUGCUCAGCAUCUCAAGACGCACUUUCGACCAGCUGGCCUAGUUGGCCGUUCGUCCGAGCUUCUCUCGCUCACAGCGGGCUCGGACAAGUACAAGACCAGCGAGCCACGACAUGAUCCCUACGCGGCAGCUGCUGCCGCUGCGGCCGCUGCUGCUCAGGCGGCUGUGUCGAUCGGCGCCAAACGAGGUUCCAUCAGCCAGUCUUGCCUGGGUGGACCCAUUGCUUUGAGCAAGCCGAUGCACGCUCGUCAGGUGCUUCAGCCUGCUGGGGGUCUCAGUGCCAACUCGUCACCCGACAUGCAAGAGUCCAACGGCGGCAUGCAGCUUCCAGCCCACUUUGCUUGA